UUCUAACUGGCUAAUUAAAUAAGCAAGUGAUAAUCAAUAGGGUUGUCACUAUGGACAUCACGUUUGGAAAUCUUUGUAGCUAAGAUUAUUUUGAAAAAUAUCAUACAGUACACAAUUUCUUAAUAAUUCCCCUGUGGUUGUAAUUGGUAAUACAUACAAAAUCUCAGUAAAUCAUUACUAUUUGUUUACAUUGAAUUUGUACGGGUGAGUGUAUCUGUAGUCACCCACAUAGAGUAUAGCAUGUAGACACAAUAUUGAAUAUUUAUAGUCUUUAAAGGAAGUAUAGAUGAUGCAGUUACACUAUCACAUUUUGCCUUUUCAACUAUUUCCAACUUUUGUUGAAUAGUCGAUCAUUUCUCUUGACUGUUAAUUUUUAUUCAGUUUGCCCACCUGCCAUCGAUGAGUUUUUCACUUAAACUUAGAAACCUGAAAAGGAGACUUGCAGAUUUGUUCAUGAGAUAGAGAACUGUGGUGCAGAGGACACAGAGAAGUUUUUGGGGCUCAUGAAUUGUAGAAGUUUUCAGUGCCCCCAUCUUCCCUCUAAUUUCAUCGAUAGAGUUUAUCCAUCUUUUAUUUAUUCUUUCCACCUUGUAGAUUAUUUGGAAGUUAGAAAAAUAUAACAAAUAUCAGGAUCAAAAGUGAGAUUUGUUUAUGUUUGUAUGAUCAGCCUUGAAACCGACAUGGGCAAUAUUCUCAGGCUAAUGAACAGUUUUGAAAGACUUAAGAAAUAAAAACAAUUUCAUUGUUAAAAAAUAUUCAUGAGAUAGAGCAAACAGAAGAGUGAUUCUGAAGAUUAAAGAACAUGAGAUUUUUCAUUUUUAUUUUCAAACAUUCCUGUCUUAACUGAUGAUGGUCCUGCAACACAGGAUUCUCAGGUGGGAGGUGAACAGGCAGAACACAUUCUGAAAAAGUGUUUGUAACAAAAGUCUUCUACAUCUCUUUAUUUAGAGCAGACAUUAGUGCCAACACGGUCUAAACAUUAGUAUUGCUGUCAUUAGAAUGAAUACCUGAAUUCUCUUAAAUUCUUUAAAAGCCAAUGAAUUUACAUAUUUAGAUAAUGAAAGAUUGUGGCAUAAAGUUAUUUUCUUUGAGAAUGUCACCUCUUUCUUGCUACUGCUAAUAGAAAAAUAUUUAGAGUCUUUGCCUUAAACCAGUCUGAGCUUCUUUCUGGUGAAUGAGCUAUAAUCAUUUAUGGUAAUUUAUCAAUAAUGCUAUAUUUCUUUCCUUUUAGUUUACAUUUGUCCUACUUGAUUGCAAUCUAAUAGUUUUAUGGCUAGAGCUACUUGUUAAACUUUCUAAUUGCUGUGUAUUAGAGACUUAAUUGAAAAGCAAAUAUAAGAUUAUUGCUUCAGACAGGUUGAUAGUGCUUUUAAAGGAAAAGAAAAAAGUUGAAAUUGAAGGCAGUGGGAAUAGGCAAAUGAGGCUUAUAGUGUCACCUACUUGAUUACUUCUCUCAAAACGGGUCUAGACAGCAGAAAGCCUAUUUUUUAGAUGUUGAAGGGAACACUGGAAAUGUAAAACCUUUUACAAUAAAAAUCAACUUAUUUGCAUUAUUGUCUCAUCAAAUUUCUUUGCGAUUCUAUGACUAAAGAAAUCAUUUUUUCUCACUAGAAAACUUUUACUUUUUUUUUUUUUUCCUUAAGAGAGAACUAUGCAUCAUAUACCGCGGGAAAACUGAUCCGUAAAAUUCUCGUACAAAACUGCUGCUAGUGGGUUGCAGGAAUAUCUCUGUCAUUAGUGGUAUUUUAAUUACCCACAGUUUGAUUAUAGUAAUAAAAUAUUUAUUACCCAGACAGAUUUAUUCAACCUAAUUAGAAAGGUUUUUUUAAACCAUCAUGCUCAUGCGUGAUAAAUCUGUUCAGAUUAGCAGGUAACCCCUUAGGUGUGAAUCAAAGGGAAGUUAUCCGUCCACAUUCUGCCACUUAAUGGCAGCUAUCAACCUGUGAGUUUGAUAUUUUGUUUUCAAGAAGUUCUGAUAUCAGGCUUUGCUCAUUGCACCUAUUUUUCAUUUACUAUUUUCUGGGGGGAAAAGGUGUCUAUAGAUUUUAAUUGCCUUCUCAAUAAUUUGCAAGCAAACUGAGCUGAGCUCUUGGUUUGGAAUGCAGCUUGCCUGAAGCAGUUCAAAACCACACUUGUGCCACACUCAGACUGGAGUACUAUCCUGAAGACUUGGCAUCAGCAGAGCGGACUGAUUAUUGAGAACGAUUAAGGGUUAAAUGUCAGGUGGCAUUGUGCGUCGCUCCCUGUUUAGCAGGUGUGAUAGAGAUGUGUGACCGUUACACGGCUACAUCACGCGUUGGUGCAUUCUUAUGUUUCUUCUAUAUAAUAAGCACAUGUUCUAGUAUUUACCUGUUCUUAGGGAGCUUUUAACCAAAAAUACAUCUAUGCAUCAUAUGUGAGAGGCAAGUGAUAAAACUGGUCCUGAUUCUUAAGCACACUAGUCCCGUGUGGAGUUGGGAGCUAUUUCAUACGGAUUACACUCGUGAUGUAUUUAGAUAGCAAAAUUACAGUGACGAGUAAAGUCUGGUUUUUAUCGUCUGUUCUUUCUACUAUCAGUUCUUCAGCCACCUAAUGAGUGUGUUUUACAAUGCAGAUGCACAUUAUGUUGUCUGAAUGCCUCCCUUUUGGUAGCUCCCUUAAAUAAGUGUGGCUGAUAGAUUUUGUUUGCAUCCACCACUCGUUAUUAAUUCAUAAUAUCAGUGAGGUUAAUAGUGUGGAAAAUACACUGAUGUAAGUUUUUCUGGUGCACUAACUUUUAUACAAGUGUGGUUCCAAUGUGCCGAUCCCUGAUGCAGGUGAUGGCAGUCAGGUCAAACGAUGUUCAGAGAUUCAGCCACAGCAAUGAAGUGACCUCUUCCUGACAGCAGCAUUUUGUUUUACAAGAGAUGGGUUAUGACCUAGCACAGUCUUCCUUCUUCCAUGCGUUCUGUCCUUCCUUUACAUUGAUGGGUAGCAUCAUCAUUUGCAUUCAUCCUAAAAGCUGAAUGCCAUAUAGACAAAUACUAAUCAAGCGAUACUGCUGGAGCACUAAAAAAAAAAAAAAAAAUUCAAGACUGAUAACAGUUUUCCUCAAAUGAACACUGUGUGUUGGGACACACUUUAGGAGAAUGCCUCCUAGUCCUUCAUUUCAGUGUGGAGCUGAUAAUGGUUCAAGAGAAGACCGUUUUGUCCUUUGUGACGUCUGGGUCUUUCUCCGCUCCCUGCAGGAUGAGCCAUUCUUUGCUGACUUCUGGAGAGCUCCUCCAUGUCGUCUGGAGAUAACUGUGGCGUAGGGCUCUGCUUGGCCAAUAGGGGGAUGUUGCAUUGCUCCACAUUCAGGAUCCUUUUCCCUUGGAGCCUGAGAGUAAAACCUCAGCAGUCCUCCCUGCCUGUGCCAGCCUCGGGAGUCAGAGACUCCAAGUUGUUCCCAGCUCUUGCACCUUCACUGUAGAGGCUGCGUUCUGCUCAGUGGGCUGCCGAGAAGGACCAGACCGAAACAAGAUUUAGAAGAAUUCUGGAUGUCUUCCAAGCGACCAGCCUCUCCGUAUGGGGAAGCAGAUGGAGAGGUAGCCAUGGUGACAAGCAGACAGAAAGUGGAAGAAGAGGAGAGUGACGGGCUCCCAGCCUUUCACCUUCCCUUGCAUGUGAGUUUUCCCAACAAGCCUCACUCUGAGGAAUUUCAGCCAGUUUCUCUGCUGACGCAAGAGACUUGUGGCCCUAGGACUCCCACUUCUCAGCACAAUACAAUGGAAGUUGAUGGCAAUAAAGUUAUGUCUUCAUUUGCCCCACACAACUCAUCUACCUCACCUCAGAAGGCAGAAGAAGGUGGGCGGCAGAGUGGCGAGGCCUUGUCCAGCACGGCCCUCGGGACCCCCGAGCGACGCAAGGGCAGCUUAGCGGACGUUGUGGACACCUUGAAGCAGAGGAAAAUGGAAGAGCUCAUCAAAAACGAACCGGAAGAAACCCCCAGUAUUGAAAAGCUACUCUCAAAGGACUGGAAAGACAAGCUUCUUGCAAUGGGAUCAGGGAACUUUGGCGAAAUAAAAGGGACUCCCGAAAGCCUCGCUGAGAAAGAGCGGCAGCUCAUGGGGAUGAUCAACCAGCUGACCAGCCUGCGAGAGCAGCUAUUGGCUGCUCACGAUGAGCAGAAGAAACUGGCGGCAUCUCAGAUCGAGAAACAGCGCCAGCAAAUGGAGUUGGCCAAGCAGCAGCAGGAACAGAUUGCAAGACAGCAACAACAGCUUCUGCAGCAACAACACAAAAUCAAUCUGCUUCAGCAACAGAUCCAGCAGGUUCAAGGUCAGCUGCCGCCAUUAAUGAUCCCCGUAUUCCCUCCUGAUCAACGGACCCUGGCUGCAGCUGCCCAGCAAGGAUUCCUCCUUCCUCCAGGCUUCAGCUAUAAGGCUGGAUGUAGUGACCCUUACCCUGUUCAGCUGAUCCCAACCACCAUGGCAGCUGCCGCGGCCGCAGCAACACCAGGCUUAGGCCCACUCCAACUGCAGCAGUUAUAUGCUGCCCAGCUAGCGGCAAUGCAGGUGUCUCCAGGAGGGAAGCUGCCAGGCAUACCCCAAGGCAACCUUGGUGCUGCUGUAUCUCCUACCAGCAUUCACACAGACAAGAGCACAAACAGCCCACCACCCAAAAGCAAGGAUGAAGUGGCACAGCCACUGAACCUAUCAGCUAAACCCAAGACCUCUGAUGGCAAAUCGCCCACAUCACCCACCUCUCCCCAUAUGCCAGCUCUGAGAAUAAACAGUGGGGCAGGUCCCCUCAAAGCCUCUGUCCCAGCAGCGUUAGCUAGUCCUUCAGCCAGAGUUAGCACAAUAGGUUAUUUAAAUGACCAUGAUGCUGUCACCAAGGCUAUCCAAGAGGCUCGGCAGAUGAAGGAGCAACUUCGGCGGGAACAGCAGGUGCUUGAUGGGAAAGUGGCUGUUGUGAAUAGCUUGGGUCUCAAUAACUGCCGAGCAGAAAAGGAAAAAACAACACUGGAGAGUCUGACUCAGCAACUGGCAGUGAAACAGAAUGAAGAAGGAAAAUUUAGCCAUGCAAUGAUGGAUUUCAAUAUGAGUGGAGAUUCCGAUGGCAGUGCUGGAGUCUCGGAAUCAAGAAUCUAUAGGGAGUCCCGGGGGCGUGGCAGCAAUGAGCCCCACAUAAAGCGUCCAAUGAAUGCCUUCAUGGUGUGGGCUAAAGACGAGCGCAGGAAAAUCCUUCAAGCCUUUCCUGACAUGCACAACUCUAACAUCAGCAAGAUUCUGGGAUCCCGCUGGAAAGCUAUGACAAACCUAGAGAAACAGCCAUAUUAUGAGGAGCAGGCCCGUCUCAGCAAGCAGCACCUGGAGAAGUACCCUGACUACAAGUACAAGCCCCGGCCCAAGCGCACCUGUCUCGUGGAUGGCAAAAAGCUGCGCAUCGGCGAGUACAAGGCCAUCAUGCGGAACCGGCGGCAGGAGAUGCGGCAGUAUUUCAACGUGGGGCAACAAGCACAGAUCCCCAUCGCCACUGCUGGUGUUGUGUACCCAGGAGCCAUCGCCAUGGCUGGAAUGCCCUCCCCUCACCUGCCCUCAGAGCACUCGAGCGUGUCGAGCAGCCCCGAGCCUGGGAUGCCCGUUAUUCAGAGCACUUACGGUGUGAAAGGAGAGGAGCCACAUAUCAAAGAGGAGAUUCAGGCCGAGGACAUCAAUGGAGAGAUUUACGAUGAAUAUGACGAGGAAGAGGAUGACCCGGAUGUAGAUUAUGGGAGUGACAGUGAAAACCAUAUUGCAGGACAAGCCAACUGAUAAGGGUCGAAAGAUUGUUGUGACCUUAGGACUUAAAGAAGCCCUAACUGGUUCAUCCUUACCAGUGGCCAAGCACAUUAACUUUCUCAUACACUGACUGUUACUUUAACUGUUAGUCUUAAAUAGUUGGGACAUCAGCUGACUAAUAGACCUCAGCCUCAAAAGGCUUGGAAAGGAAAACAAAUACAACAAGCAAACAACAAUAUCAACAACAAGAGAUUGAAAUAAGCUAUGGGUAAAAUAAUGCCAGUAAUUCAGCUGCUACAUCCAAGCACUGAAGUCUUACCCGUCAACUUUUUUUUUUUUUUUUUAAUAAACUUUAUGGCUGUUUGUUCUACAAUGUUCUAGAAAUUCUCACUCAGGUACACAGUGCCAACAAGUGGCUUGUGAAUGUGUUUUGUUGUUUUGUGCUACAAUUUUUAAAAGAACUAAGUUUCGUUUUGUUUUAGGGGUUUCUGGGUUUUUUUCUUUCCUUUUUCUUUCUUUUUUUUUUUUUAUUGUUGUUGUUGUAAUGCACCUGACAGAAAAAAAAAAGAUGAAUUUCUCUUUACUUCUCUCCACCUUGUCCAUCUCUGUACUUUAAAGGUGGAAGUCUGUGCUUGGGAGGAAGAGGGAGAAAGAGCCUGUUUUUGACUUCCUUGCUGUCCACCACAAAAUACGCAAUUAUUUUCUUUCGAGGACUUUCUUUAUCUGUUGCACACCACACUACAUCUUUGAGCAAGUGCCAAAUUUGUACGGAAGUGUUGACCAAGUUCAUUUUUUCCUUUUCCUUUUUCCUGUUCCUUCUUGAGUUAGGACAGUGUUAUAACUUAGACAAUCCCUUGAAAAACCUGAAAUACCAGCAGCUGGUGAGAUUUGACUUUUUUAAAAAUGGAAACUGUAGGUGCUGUUCUCAGGUGAUAAGAGAGAGAGAGAGAGAGAGAGAGAGAGAGAGAGAGAGACAUAAGAAAUUUAGAGAAAAAAAUAUUUUCUGAUCUUGGAUUUUUGUGUGUAUGUAUGUGUGUGAUUAUGGUACUAAUAGGAAUAACGUUGGACCAUUGUGAGUUAAACCCACAUCUGGGGAUGAAAUCCCACAUCCUCCUAAGUGACUGGUCUAGAAGUAAUCUUGACCUUGACUUUGCACUUCAGAUGACAACUUAACCGAGUAUAGGGCUCAGAAAUUAUAUUUUUAAAUUUCCAGUAUGAUUAUUAUUGGGUGGAUCAGGUGGCCCUGUGUAAUAGAGGUGUGCGUGUAUAACAUGGAAGCUUCUAGCAAACUGCUCCCAGAUGUCCCUGCUCCCAGAUCAAUUGGUUCCACUGACGUUUGCUCCUUAGUGAUUUUUGUUUUUCCUGUUGAUACUUCGAACAACACAAUCAUCGUGUUUACUGAAUACAUUUGGCCUUUUUCCAGAAAUAUAGAAUCGGCUUAUUUCUGUUGGCAUUCCACCCUGUCUUGACUAGGAAACAAACUCGACGUUUUUUAGAAGAUAUUUCUCAUCUCUCCAUGAAAUGAGGUGGAGGCCUUUUGCAUUUCACAAGUGUGGCCCAUGCACAUUUUGUGCCAUAAAAAGCAGAAUUUGAUUAAGUCACUGCAGCCCAACCACAUGGAGCCUGGCUGACCCAGUGAUCCUUGCCAGCACUCUUCCCUUACCAUGAGAUGAAUCUGCUAAAGUCCACCGUUCGGUGCCAGCGGAGGGUGUGUGCAGUUCAACAGCUGACUGUGAUGGGGCUGCUUCCUUUAUUGUGCCAGCCAAAUGCCAAGGCACUUGAAGGGCCUGUACAAAUAAAUGCAAAAUCAUUUCACGUCAAUUGCCAUUUUUGUGUUGAAGCAUCAGUCAGUUCUCCAACCAGAAGCCUGAAUGUGCUUUGGUUUUUGCUGCAUUCAUCAUUGGCCUGUCUCAAUCCACCCCCCAAAACACCAUCCUAAAUUUUGAUUUUUCUUUAUAUAAUAAGUUAGGAAAACUCCCUCCCCCCCUUUUUUUUCUCUCUCUCAGAAGACUUGCUCUGGGGUUUUGCUUGGAGGAGCUGAUCAUACCCUGCAUGUCAGAGAUUUUGUUUGUUUUUCUGUUUGUUUUUGAUGACUGUAUUUUCAUUUGAACUGCCUCUUUUUGCUAGUGUUGUAAUAAUGAUGAUAAAAUAAUAAUAAUAGUAAUAAUAAUAAUAAUAAGGUCAGCUGUUCCCAGAUUAGUAAGUUAUGUAUAAUUUAUUUUAUUUCUCCCUAUUUUAUUCUCCUCUGAUUUGGAAGUGCAGCCAAUAAGCUGUUAGAUAUUUAAAACUAAUAUCCAUCUCCAACUCAUAUAUAUAUAUAUACACAUAUACAUAUAUGUGUAUAUAUAUAUGUAUGCACACACACAUGUUCACCCAUACAAUUUUACUUUUCUUCCAUCAGUUUUUUCCUUUCUAAAGAUUUUUGGCCCCAACAAUGUCAGUUCUGGUGUUUAAUACAAAGGAGUGAAUUAAUAGGAGGGUCAUGUUCAGUCUUAAUUAACUUAUGCUCUCAUCACUCAUUUUAGUUAUUUAAUUGCCACAGUCAUCUAGAGCCAAUUUUUGUUGUUGCUGUUUUUGUUUGUUUUGUUUUUAAGCACUCUGGAUAAGAAAAAAAUAGACACUUGUUUUUAUAUCAUUUAUUAUGUACAAUGUGAAAGCAGAUUUUUAAAAAAUUUGUUCUCUGUCUUUGUUAACGAAUUUCUUCUGACUUAUGUGGGUUCACUUUUCACGUUUGCUGGAUACUUAUUUUACACCAUGUUAUAAGGAUGCUUUGUUUUCAUUUCAUGACUUUGGGCUACAAGAAUACUACUUUGUUUUAGCUCCAGGUAAAUGCCACUGCAGGCAUUCUGGCUGAAACCGAUUCUAACACACCAGUGAAUUGACAAAACACUUCUGUUCGCUCUUUUGGUUUGUUUGUUUACACUUUUGCUUUAUUUGAAGGGGAAAACAAAAUUGUUAAUGGUGACCUUUAGCUGCUGAAAUUCAGAAAUUAACUUUACGCAGUUAGAUUUAUGCCCCAGACUAAAACCCUACAUGAGCUGAAACAAAAAGCAAGUUCAAAGCCCUGUAUUGUAUUCUCUUGUUCUAAAAUUUAAUUCACUGUGUGUCAAAAUUUCUGUGUCCUAGUUUUCUCAAGAAAACAAAAAUAGAAAUAAUCAUAUUAAUGCUUAAAGUGCUUUGAAGUCACUUGAUAAAAGGUGCUGUGAAUAGCAACUUAACUGUGUUAACACAUUGCCGCCUUGGCGUUUGAUUGGUUUAUGAUUUCGGGAAGAAUUCAAAAACUUUGUAUUCUCUUUCUGUGCCCCAGGAUGACCAAAAAAAGAUAAGGAAGAGGAAAUGAGAGUAAGAUCAAACAACAAUAAACAUGAACAGCCUCCUCCCUCUCUCCUGUCCUACCUGCCUAUUACGCCUCUCUCCUCUCUGUGCACCCCCAACGCUCACAAACACACACACACACACACACACACACACACGCACACUCUCACCCUUACUCCCACACUCAGAAAUAAUCUUUUCUGGUUUGUGUAGUUGCUGUAAUCGGUUUCUCUAAAAUAGUCACGUUUUGAUAUGAAACUAAGAAAGUAUCACUGGAGAAAAUAGGUUAAAGUUGGCUCAUGUAUAAGCUAAUAAUUUACAAUUAGAUAAAAUAUGAAACUAUUCUUCAGUACAUUUAUACCUAAAUUAGUUAAGUUGACAUCUACAGUUCGAGAAUUAACCAUGUGUAAAAUCUCCCCCAAAGAACACAACCGUCAUUGUUGAAACCAAAUCCUCUUACAAGGGACAAAUAUAAAUAAGUUUUCUUUGAUGAAACUAUUUCAUAGAUUUUAUACGUGGAGUAGAAUUUUACCUUAAUUCUUUCAAAGAAAAUUAUCUUUAAUGAUUUCAUCAUCCAAUUUCAGAUAUUUUCUUAAUCCAGAAGCUGUUAUGGUUCCCAGAAGAAACCUCUUAUAUCAAAUGUCAGAAAUAAUUACAGCUGCAUUCAUUUUAAUGGGUAAAUUAUUGAAUUGUAAUAAAACAACUGUAUAUUUACAAACAGGUUUAUAAAA